CACAAAACACUGACGUAGCACACUGAGGAGAGAGUAAAAACUCAACUAUUAUAAUAUAGAUUUGUUUUACCUAUAUAAUUAAGAUAAUUACUAUAUAUAAUAAUUUUUUAAAAAAUAUUAUGUACUAAAGUAAGGUUAGUGUUAGAAUUUUAACUUUAUUAUUAAAGUGUACGAAAAUUCGAAAAUAUACUAUCUGCAUUUCACGAAGAUUAUAGUUUUGGUAAUGCAGGAUUGGAAAAGUGGUAAGAACAAGUCCAUCGCUAAUAUGUACAAAAAUAUUUUCUAUUAAAAAUUAAAAAUAAUGAAAUAACAUGUGAGAAAAUAUGGAGAAGUAUUUUGCACCGAACCUUUUAGAAACUGGAUUUUAUAGGUGCCAUUUGUUUGUUGGCUUUAGUAUUUAAAAAAAAAUUAAAUAUACUUUUUAAUUAAAAUAUUACUUCUUUAUUUUUUAGAAAUUUAGGCAGCUUCUUCCAUUAAAGUUGUCUUCUUGUUCUUCGGAAAACCUAUCUCGACUCUAGUAUUGUAUGGUUCCGCUUUGUAAGAAUUCCAAAUCAUUCUCUUGAAGCUAAUACUUUUUCAUCAUGAAUGAUCUGCUUGCCCCGAAAUGAUCCGGCCAAAUAGGAAAAUCUCAAUUCAUUAGGUCUUUCGAUACAAUCAAAUAGAAAGUUCCGAAUGCGCCAUAUUCUAGGAAUCCAAACUAUGUGAUUGAAUAAAUUCUCCUCUAUAUGUUCCGGAUUGAGGACUCCUUAUCAUUCCCCUUUUUCAAACUCUGAUUUGUUUCAUAGAAAAAACUCUGAUCAUAUAUAAAGGGUUCUUUGGUUCAGACCGAAAAAAUAAUGUUACUCGAUCAUUAUCAAACUUAUUCCAAUUUUGGACUUCUCCCUUCACCUCCCCACUUAUCUCCAUGGUUCUUGAAUUUCAAUUUCUGGCGCUUUCAUGUACCAGUGGGUAGGGUGCCGGUUUUCCUAACUCUGUUUCCAAUCCACUGCAUUCCUCUAUGUUUCUAUGUGAUGGUUUAGUCUAACAAGUAUAGCAAGUGUAGGUAAUAAGUGGACAUGUGCCAUCCUCUUUCUUUCAGACUAAAGACAGCUGAGCAACAAGAUACCUUGAACCGCUCACAUGAUUUACCAUCGUAGUCAACAAGCUCGUUCCUUGGGUAAUCCUAAGAUGAGCUACACAUCAUGAUAAGCAUUCUGGGUUCGAAACCUACCAAACUCAGAUUUAUCGGUUUGUGUGACAAGGUGAUAUGAAUAUAUAAUUUUCAUUGUGAACAACCAAAACUGUUUAGCGCCAGUAAACACACCUCAGAGAACUAGUCAGUUGGGUUUCGGCAUGCGAGAUACCUCGAAAUAUAAAUUCUCUUUUUUUUAUUACUUUUUGUUUAUAAAUGGCCGACAAAGAAAAAAUAUAUAAGGUCAUUAACUCUGGUCUCUUAACUGGGGUUCUUAGCUUCGGCUAAAAGAUAUAAGAGACGUCUUUUAGCCGAAAAAUAUAAAAAAAAAGAAAAAAAAUAUCAAAUCAUGAGUUAAGAACCUCGAAUAAGAAACUGGGAUUAAUUAUGCUCUAGUCUAAAUUUAUAUCUGGAAAUUACCGUAGGCUGUCUUAAGUAUGUGGGCCUACAAAGCCCAAACCAUGUGUAGUCUGUAUUGUACUAGAAUUAACAAGUCAAUCGGUGGGCUUAAGAAAUCAAGGCAGGCUUGUUAGUCAAGGCUCUACUCUGAUAUACAUUCUGCUGCUAUUGCGAACCAAGGUACUUCAGUUAUCAACAAUUUUAUUUUCUUUAAAAUAUAAUUACGCUUGGAAAUACUCUUUCAACUCUUAUGCGUUAUCUAGUUCUUUAUUAUCUCUCUUGAAGAGCAAUGGAUGUGAGUGCAUGUUGAUCAGCCAACAAGUUGUGCACUUUCCAAGCUGAGUGUGGAUGAAUUAUUUUGAGUGCAUUUUUCCUUUUUCAAGUGGUUCCAUUAAUCCAUUGUGAAACAUACAUGAAACGAGCCAGGAACUAGUGAAGCUGAGCGGUCAUUCUCGCCAACUUGCAGGAUCUAAUGGAGCAAUACAACUCAGAAAAGCUUCAAUUGGAGAGCAUAUCAGGGGAAUAUGUACAAGUCUUGAGUGCAUUUAUGAGUUCAUACGAUCCACUAAGGCUUACUUCAUGAGAAAACUGGCCAUCUCAGGAAAUUAUUACAUGAAGCAGAGAAAGAUAUGGCUUUGAGGCUGGAACAUUGGAAUUGGGAGCAAGUAGUAGUGCUAUUGUAAGUGUAAUCACUGGUUAAAUUCAUCUUAAUUAACUCCUUAGUUUCAACACUACACUGCCGCGUCAGGAUAAAUUAACUUGUAUAGACUACUUGGACGAUUAAUUGAUCGGUGGCUGCAAACCUCGUGCCCGUAAACUUCUCACAUACAUCACUUUCAGGUUCAAACCAAAAGCAGACUCCCUUUGUUUUUCUAACUUUUUAGAGAAUUAUUACAUAAUGGUUAAUUAAUGCGCUCAUCAGUCAUCACAUGGUCAUUUGAUUAAACGAGUAAUUAGAUUAAAACAAGACAAAACAUAUUUGUGUUGCCAAUAAUUAGAAAAAGGAUUAAUUAUGUUAAGCGUCCAAGAGAAUGCCUUUCCACGUUGGGUGCACAUGCGUCUCUUCUUUCUUCUCUUUUGUUCUUCUACCAAAACAAACACCAUUUAGGCCCAAAUCCACAGAUAACCUACCAAAAUAUUUACAUAAAAAAAAAGUAAGAGAAAUGCAAGUGGUUCUACAUUUGACUAGAACCAUAGAAUAAAACGUCCUGCCAACUGUUCCAAUAAAAAUAUGGAAUAUCUCGAUGAAAUUACAUAUAACGGUCGAGAAAUGGCAGUGAUCGACCAAAAGAGCUUAGUUGCCGCUUGAUUUGAUAGUAUUCUUGACCAAAACCCUAAAUAGGGUUUGUAUAAAUCUUUUGUCUAUUACAUUAAUGUAGUAUGUAGUAUAUAUUUGUUGCAUGUACUCAUAUUCAAAAAAUAACUAGGAUAAGAGGAUAAAACCAAGAUACGAUAGAAAAUGGAAGAGGAUUAACGUAAAAUGAAAACAAGAUUCAAUGCAUCGAAGAUUGGAAUAAGAAUAUAAACUAAACGAGAAAAUUUAGAGUAGGUCAAAAGGGGGGGACAUAAAAUUAUAGGACUUGUUUUCUCCAAUGAAUUAAGACUAGAUAUGAAAUUAGAAAAGCAUAAAAGAUUGCUCACAUGCAACCCAAAUUCCUUUGUCCUCAAUAAUGCUUGUUUACAAACAAAUUUGUUUUAGAAUAUACAAUUAGACAUAAAGUUAGAGAAACGAAUUUAAAUGGUGUUUCGGUAAGAAUAUAUAUUGAGAAACUGAAUUUAGAAAGGUGUUGUAUACUACAAUAGCCAAGCUGACAAGCAUAUAUGAUUAGAAGAAAUAAAAACGAUAAGGAAAUCGAUAGAUGCCCUUUGGAUUAGAAUAUGGAAGACGAACAAAGGGUGUGGCAGUAUUCAUUGAAGUUGCACCCUAUAAAAUUGAAAGCACAUGCGUUACCGUAUUUUGUAUUUGUGUGUUUGAUUAUUCUCUAGUUAAUUAACAACCACUUUUAGUACACACGUUCUGAUUAUUGUACAUAUAGACUAAUGGGGGAGUAUAUAUUAUAGUAUAAAAGAGUAAGAAAUAUACGAUCCAUUACCACCGUCCCUAACGUUGGUCGUAUAGCCAAACAUAAAUGGUCUUUGGUCUUCUGACACAAAAUAAGAUCGCACAAGAAAUUCUACUACUUGAUUCCUUAGAUACUCAUAUCAUAAUAAGAUCUCUAUGAGAUUUCAGCAUAUGUCGCCAUUUGUGUAGGUCAAAAGUCAAAACAUAGGUGGUUGUUUUUCAAGAUUAACACAUACAUAUAAUAGAUGCUUACGCAAUUGCUUCAUCCUCAUAAUUAAGUCGACUACCAUCCAUCAUGCGGCCAUCAUUGCACUCUUUCUUUCCCAAUUAUUACUACCAAACUCAUUGCUUUUAUGUGUUGUAUGAUUGAUAAGAACGAAAUUGUUUAUGUUUCAUAUGUAUAUGAAAUUAUCGCAGUUCAUGAACAUUCCAUCGUUUAAAUUUGGACCAUCACAUGCAAUAGUAUUUGGACUCGUUAUACAAGAUAUAUUCUCCGACUUUUAAUAGUUUUUCUAUUACGUAAUUUCACUAUAAUUUUUUUUUUAUCAAUUGGGUCAUUAGAAUCUAAGGUAACAUGCUAAUCAUGGGUCUUAUCAUUCCUCAUCCUUUAUUUUCAGCUUAUUAUUUGUUGAUGAAUGAUGAGUCUAUCUAGUUAUAUCUGGCAUCUUGUUUUAAGUAUUUAUUUUGAUGAUCCUAGCUCUCCUCGAUCCUUCUCCUCGUUAAUUGUUCACUCUCGUUUCUAAAAAAUACUUUUGUGAAUGGACAAAAUCAGACCGAUCUAUGCAUUAGAUUUGAGCAGGACCAAAUGUAUGCAAUUCACUAGUGUAGUACAACCUUUGAGGUAUGCAUGAAACAUGCUACCAAGUGGAAAAUGAAUCAUUACUAAUUAUAUAUAUAUAUAUAUAUAUAUAUAUUUGAUUGAUUGAUAAUUGGUAUAUCAUGGGCACAAUUGACUCAACGCAGAGCUAUUUUUAAAUGAUGUAUAAAGAUUUCAAAUAUUAAAGAAAAUGAAAAGAGAGAGAAAAGAAAGGUGUAACUCUUAUAUAAAGGGGUCGUGGAAGGGAUACUUUUAUAAGACCAACACACAUUCCUUUUCACUUUGUUCUUCUCCUCCAACUAGCAAAAAAGAUAUACAAAACAUUUGUUUACCCUCAUAGAGAAAUAAGAAGGAUGAACACAACAUCGUCAAAGAGCAAGAAGAAGCAAGAAGAGGGUGGUGCGAGGUUUCUUGGGGUGAGAAGGAGGCCUUGGGGAAGAUACGCGGCUGAGAUUAGAGACCCAACAACCAAGGAGCGUCACUGGCUUGGCACAUUUGAUACGGCCGAGGAAGCUGCCUUGGCCUACGAUAGAGCCGCCAGGUCCAUGCGUGGCACUCGUGCCCGAACCAACUUCGUCUACUCAGACAUGCCUCCUUCAUCCUCCGUCACCUCCAUUAUUUCUCCUGAUGAUCCGCCUCCCCCUCCACCUCCUACUGCAGCUGCUCCUCCUUGUUCUAAUGAUCCUGUGGAUUAUAUGGUGAUGUUUAACCAAUAUUCAUCAACAGAUUCGCUAAUGCUGCAGCCUCAUUCUGAUCAAGUGGAGAGUAGUUACAUGUUUGGUGGCUCCUCUUCUUGUUAUUCUAACAGCAGCAGCGAGUUGCCUCCUUUGCCAAGCGACUUGUCAAAUUCUUCUUAUAGCCAACCACAGUGGAGCGUUGACGACUACUCGACCGCUACCUAUUUCGAGGGUGACUACGUCCAUGGUCCAAUGUUCAGCACAAUGCCUCCGGUUUCUGACUCUUUCAGCCACUUCGGCUCCUAUAAUUAACAUCUUCUCAUCCAUAAUUAAUUGUUUUCUCAUUUGUAUCUUUUUUUUGGAUUUCAGUAUGUUUCGCCGUCCUUGAUCUAUGAUCAAAGUGAUUGUUUGUCUUAUUUUUGAAUAAAUAAAUUAUUUUUCUCUUUUGUAUCUUAACCAAAAACAAAACAUCUCCUUUGUGUCCU